UUCAACAGCAGAUAGCGACAAACAACGGUCUGACGCUACUGCCUUUGAAAUGGCGUUGAUGUAGUUCAAGAUGCCGUUAUUUGUAGUUAUUAUGGUCGUCUAGGUCGCUUCGGGUUCUAGCUUUCUGGGCAAGUGAAUUUUUGGACCUGGCCCCUAUAUUUGGGCAUUGCGGAGUUGAUACAUAAAUAUGUGGUAAAGCAAACUGCUAAUAAUACGUUGCAUAAUAAGGCCGCAGCUAACCCCGGCCUUGAGUGGGGAUUACAACGGCUUUUGAAUGCGUGGCCUGCCGCAGCUAGAUGUCGCAGGCUUCCACAGAAAUCCCAGUGUGCAUGUACCAAUAACAAGGAUCUGGAAGUGAAGCGACCAACUUGCAUCUCACCUCAGUUACACUGAUAUCAUUACUAGUACUACAUAGUGAAUAAAGCAGCCUGUUAAAGAGUUCUUCCAAUUUAAUUUAGAUUUUGACAUUGACAAUUAGUCCCCACUACCACACACACAGGCAAUAUGGCAUCGGUGCCAGUGUACUGCUUGUGCCGCUUGCCAUAUGACGUGACACGCUUCAUGAUCGAGUGUGACAUUUGUCAAGACUGGUUCCAUGGAAGCUGUGUGGGAGUAGAGGAGGACAAAGCAGCCGAGAUUGACCUGUAUCACUGCCCCAAUUGUCAGGUCACCCAUGGGCCGUCUGUCAGUCUCCCAUGUUCCACAGUGCGUAAACGCCGUGGAGGCAAUAAACAGACUGAUCAUGGUGCCAGUGGAGCAAGAGAUCCAAGUCGGCCUGUGAAAACGGGAAGCCCACAAUUUGUUAGGGAGCUACGGAGCCGCACAUUCCCAAAUGCGGAUGAAGUCUUGCUAAAGCCAUCUGGUGCCCAGCUGACCGUUGAGUUUCUAGAAGAGCAUUCUUUCAGUGUUCCUGUCAUGGUGCUGAGGCGGGAUGGCCUUGGAAUGACCCUUCCUCCAGCAUCAUUUGGCGUCAGUGAUGUGGAGCACUACAUUGGUGCAGACAAAGAGAUUGAUGUGAUUGAUGUGUCUCGCCAAUGUGACCUGAAGAUGCGGUUGGGAGAUUUUGUUGAAUACUACAACAGCCCCAACAGAGACAGGGUGCUCAAUGUCAUAAGCCUGGAGUUCUCUGAGACCAGGCUGUCAAACUUGGUUGAGACUCCAAAGAUUGUGAGGAAACUCUCGUGGGUGGAAAACCUCUGGCCUGAAGAAUCUGUGUUUGAACGCCCCAACGUGCAGAAGUACUGCCUAAUGGGAGUGAAGGACAGCUACACAGACUUUCACAUUGACUUUGGAGGCACCUCAGUAUGGUACCAUGUCCUGAGGGGCGAGAAAAUCUUCUACUUGAUUUCCCCCACUCCAGCCAACUUGGCACUUUUUGAGCGGUGGAGUUCCUCAUCUAACCAGAAUGAGAUGUUCUUUGGAGACCAGGUUGAUAUGUGCUACAAGUGCUCUGUCAAACAAGGAAACACUUUGUUCAUACCAACCGGGUGGAUUCAUGCUGUGUUGACUCCAGUGGACUGUCUGGCCUUUGGAGGAAACUUCUUGCAUAGUCUCAACAUUGAUAUGCAGUUGCGAGCGUAUGAAAUAGAGAAGAGAUUGAGCACAGCAGACCUGUUCAGAUUUCCCAACUUUGAGACUGUGUGCUGGUAUGUUGGAAAGCACCUUCUGGAUACAUUCAGAGGUUUGAGAGAAAACCGCAGACACCCUGCCACUUACCUGGUUCAUGGAGCUAAGGCCCUGAACAAUGCUUUCCGUGGCUGGACCCGUAAAGAGGCUUUAGCAGAGCAUGAAGUGGAAAUUCCAGAAACCAUCAAUACCCAGACAUUAGUGAAGGACCUGGCCAAGGAGAUUCGUCUGGUUGAAGAUAUCUUCCAGCAAAACAUUGGCCGCACUGGACCCCAGUUUCCUGGUUCACCUCUCUCUAAAGCUCCCCUGACCACUUCUCAGAAUUCAGGACGUCCCCCUGGGAAAAAAAAAGGACCGAAGCCUAAAGAGGGGAUAGGGGGUCUUGCAUCCCCAGGACCCAAGAAGAAGAAUCAAAAGGGUGUCCUUAAGGCAGAAGCAGGAGAACUAGACCUUAUUGAGAUCCACACCAAACAUACUCUCAAGAAAUUUCAACCUGGCAAAUCCAAAAACAAGAACAAGUUGGAAUUGCCUUUGGAGGAGUUUGAAGGGAAGUUGAAUAAAAGCAAACUGAAACUUGUGCUGACCAAUGGAAAAAUUCAAAGUAAGAAAGAUGGCAACAGUAAUGGUGCAGGACGUGCUGGAAACUACAAACAUCUUGCCAUGGAGGGAUCUAGUCUGUCUGACCUGGAGUCCGAGGAUGAGCUGCAGAUUGACGAGACCCCUCCUCCACGACGCAAACCUGCAGGACCAAGCAAGAAAAAGAAACUAAGCGGUCUUCCCAGGAAGCUGCCCAGAGCCAAACCGUGCUCCGACCCCAAUCGCAUCAGGGAGCCAGGAGAGGUAGACUUUGACAUUGAGGAGGAUUACACCACAGAUGAAGAGGCACUAGCCGCCCAUGGAGUGAAGGGUGGUGCGGGGGGCAUUCUGGACUUACUGAAGGCCAGCAAGCAAGUGGCAGGCUUGGACUCUGCAGCGCUCAGUGAGGAAGCCCCAGCCUCUCCCAGCACCCGAGAUGCGAUUCAGGGUAUGCUGUCCAUGGCCAACCCUCCUUCCUCCUCCUCAUCUUCUUCAUCUUCAUCUCCCUUGUCUAUUUCUGGUGGCUUGACCCAGGGUUUAGGGAAGGUCAAGGAUAAAAGUGGCAGGGCUGUAUGGGUGACUGGAGGGGUCAAAAAGACAGCAAAUCCUGAGAAGAAACCUGUCAUCCAGCGGCCUGGAAAACGGCCAAUUAAAAGGCCAGCCCGUCACCUAAGUGACGAGGAGAGUCCAGAUGAGCAAGAGACUCUGGGAACCUGUUUUAAAGAUUCAGACUAUGUUUACCCGUCCUUGGAGUCUGAUGAGGAGGACCAUGCUAACAAGGCUAAGAUGAAGCGGAAGAAAAACUGGGAUGACACGCCUUGGAGCCCAAAAGCCAGGGUAAUGCCCACCCUUCCCAAACAGGAGCGGCCAGCCAGGGAAGGGGCUAGAGUCGCAUCUGUGGAAACUGGUCUUGCGGCAGCUGCAGCCAAGCUGGCGCAACAGGAGCAGCAAAAGCCUGUGAAAAGGAAGUACACCAAAAAGCAGCGUCCGCCUGCUCCUGUCGUCACUCCCCCCCCUGUUCAGACUGAGCCAGCCCCACCCUCACCACCACCUGCUGCAGAGUCUACAGCAGACUUCAGCCCAGACAGAAGGAUGGACUACUUCUCUGCUAGCCUGUUGGAUCAUGAAUACACAGCAGGACCAGGGCCUUUUGGCCCUGGAGGCCCUAGAGGCAGUGGAGCCAUGGCCCCAGGUGUAUUCCUCACUUCACGUCGACCUUCACUGUCUCCGCAGAACAGCAGCUCUCAUUCUGGUACAUCCCCUGCAGGAUUAGCCAGCCAAGGCACAACAGGUGUUGGUCAAGGGAAACGUCCAAAGAAAGGACUUGCAACAGCAAAACAGAGACUUGGAAAAAUUCUGAAAAUACACCGCAACGGCAAACUUCUCUUGUGAGAGAUUCCACAUUUGUGGAAAUGUGGCUGAAGACUUUUAAGUGGGAAGGAAGAAAAUGGCUUUUGUGAAAGUAGGUCUGAAGGACAUAGAGAUAGUGAUCUAUAUUUUGUACUCUAGAUAAAUUUGUUUACUGUUUUCACCUGUUAUUGAACCUCAUUACAUCUUGUCCUUUGCUCUACCCAGCAAAAUCCCAACUCAUUCCACUCAUCAAUAUCUGCAUACAAGUGUUUUCACAGGCACAUCUGUGGUUUUAAACAACUCACUGUAAUGUGCUGGAUGAGCACUUAAAUGUCGUAGAUAAAUCUUAUUGAUCACAUUUGAUAUUGGCAAUGGGAAAUAGUGACUUGCAUUUCAAAAGGUGGACAUAGAUUAAAAUAGCUAGAAUAACCAGCAUUCUAAAUUAACUGAACCUAAUGUUUUCUUUAGUUUAAACUGUUUAAGUGGCGUUAUUUAUGCAGAAACAUUCUCCUGUCCAUCAUGAGUUUCAAAAGGGAAGAAAGAACACCAGUGUUCUAGUCAGGUAAAAUGUAAUGUCUGUAUAGCCCUCACACAAUCCCACAAACACACCCAUGAAGCGGUAGUGUUGUUAAGUUCACUUUUUACCUCAUUACACUUUCUUCUUCGGUAUAAUGAUUACAGAACACAAUCUCUAGUGUAUGCACAUGAUCAGCUCUUUGUAUGCCACAUCUAUUCAAUGUCCAGUUCUUUUUGAGGAAUUUCUCAUGUUUCUGAUGCUUGUGUAACUCCAUAUACCGUAGCUCUACACAUAAAAUAGACUGCACUUAACUGAUGCCAAGAGUAACAUCAUACGAUUCUAUUUAUUGUGAUCAUAUUUAUUUACCAGCAUUUUGCCAUCUCUUAGCCUGUUAUAACACAGAAUGUUUUCCCAAGUACAUCUUUUUGGUCCCUACUUUAAUUAUUUUCAACCACUUAAUACCUGUAAAAAAUUGUAUCCAUUGCAUUGUCAGAAUUUUUACAGUUUAAGUUGCAAUUGUAAAUAUCUGUAAUAUUUGUAAUUUAUAUAGCUUCAUUGGAAGAGCAAAAAAAUAUUGUGAGGAGGAGUCUAGUUUCCUGCAAAUUGCCAUAAUUUGUGCCCCAAGUGUUGGCAGCUUCUUCGGGCCAGAUCUAGAGAUGUGCUUUCUCUCCACAGAAUGUACUAGUGAUAAAAUGGCAGUAAUUUAGAUUUAACUGUGUGAAACCAUUGUGAAGGUGCAGGAUAUGAAUUGAUAUGUAAAUAUAUGUUGUAAUUUAAGUUCUUUUAUAGUUCAAAAACUUUGAAAUCUUUCUUAACAUAACUUGUACAUGAUACAUUGCUGUAUUUGGAAAAUAUCUGAAAUAGUUCAUUUUUUAUAUUUGUACGCAGUAAUUAUCAUGCUUAGUUUGUCAUGUUGUCUUGUCAGUGUAAUAGUGAGUUGUUCUGAAAAAAAAAGCCCCUGUUUUACUUCAUCCAUUUAGUUUUAUUAAUUAUUGUUGAUAUUCACUCUUGUGUUGGUGUGUACUGUGUGUUUUAAACAUGAUGUGUUUAAAUACGACCGGAACAGAUAAAAUAUACCUUGGGCAAAAUUUCUUUUUUCACGGAAUUUAUUUUAGGAACAUCAAAAGUGAGAUGUGUGGCUUGAAUUAAUGGGUUUCUGUUUACUGUGUGCAGGUAGCUCAGUUAUUACAGCAUUCACUGGCGUGGGAUUUAGGCAAAGUGUUUUGUAUUGGAAAGGCCAUCAUUAAGAUACAACAAAUAUUAUUGUCUUUUAUUAAACCCAUGUACUCUCAUCAAUGACAGAAAUCAGUUGAUUUCUUGCAAUGAAAUAUAAUUUAAUGUCAAAGCCACUUAAGAUCUUACUUUUCAAAUACUUGUGACAGUUUCCUCUGUUUUUGUUGUACUCACAAUUGUACUAUUUUCAUACACAAACAUUAUCCCCAUUGCUAAAUUUUGAGCAUUACUCACUGUCCAAAUAGGAGUCACAUGCAGUUGUUAUUAAAAUGUGCAGUCUUUA